CAAACACAUAUAAAACAGGUACUUCUCUGAUCACCCGCACUUCCGUUCACCGAAGAUAUAUAUUUUAAAAAUAAGCCCACAGAAAUGGCACUGAAUUCAGUCUCUUUAAUGAUACCGAUAAAAUCCAUCGAUAUCCCUUCUUCAUCUUCUUCUCUACUUAAGCCUGCUGUUGUUGCCUUUCAAUCUCCUUCUAGCAUUUCUCCGCUUGGGACUCUAAAUGGCUAUUUGUCUGUGGGGAAAGAGCCAAAGAUUUGGAGAACAGUUGUCUCAACUGCAUUGGCAGCUGCAGUGAUCACAAUGGGACCCAAUGAGAUGUCUGCCAUGGCUGAUCUCAACAAGUUUGAAGCGGCACAACGUGGGGAAUUCGGGAUAGGAUCAGCUGCGCAGUUUGGUUCUGCAGACCUCAGAAAAGCUGUUCAUGUGAAUGAGAAUUUCAGAAGAGCAAAUUUCACAGCUGCUGACAUGAGAGAAUCAGAUUUUAGCGGAUCAACAUUCAAUGGGGCAUAUCUUGAGAAAGCGGUUGCUUACAAAGCUAAUUUCACAGGUGCGGAUUUGAGUGACACAUUGAUGGAUCGCAUGGUUCUGAAUGAGGCCAAUCUCACAAAUGCUGUACUUGUUCGAUCAGUUCUUACUAGGAGUGACUUGGCAGGUGCCAUAAUUGAAGGGGCUGAUUUUAGUGAUUCAGUUAUUGACCUCCCACAAAAGCAGGCUCUUUGUAGGUAUGCAAGUGGGACGAAUCCGGUGACAGGGGUUAGCACCAGAAAAAGUCUUGGUUGUGGCAAUGGCCGAAGAAAUGCUUAUGGCAGCCCAUCUUCCCCUUUGCUAAGUGCUCCCCCGCCCAAACUGCUUGAUCGCGAUGGAUUUUGUGAUGAAGGCACUGGACUUUGCAACUCCAAGUAACUGAUCUCAAACUGAAAACAAAAGUUCUGUAAAUUUUGCAUAGCUUUUCACCAUAACUAUGCAAGUAUGGUUCAUCUCCAUGACUUAGUUUUUGAGUGAGAAAGAGACACGAUCCUUGGAUCAAAAUGGUCAUCACUUAUUAUUUGGUUAUUUGAUAUCUUAGACAAUCAUUUUGAUAAUCUGCUUUCUUGUUUUUGCGUUUCACCAUAAAACAAUAAUUCAAGCUAACAUUUAUUGGUCUAAAUAAGGCAUCAUAAGAGUUCUUAGUUUUUUUUUGCUUUAA